UGCGACUCAUUACCGUUGUGUGAAAUGUGCGACCAACAUCGAAGUGUCGAGUUUUUCUUGUACCUAGCCUAUUUCUUGUGAGAAAAAAAUGACGUCGUGUUUGAAAAUAUUAUUGUGAUUUUACAGUUGGAUAUAUCGCGGUAUGCUACAUUCAAGAUUAAGUAAUGUUAUUCGAUGAUUAUUCGAUAUUCGCGUUUUAUAUGCUUAGCGCUGUAGUAGUCGCCGCAGCGGAUCAAAAUCUCGAUUUGUAUUGCCCGAUUAAUUGCUUGUGUCCUGAUAUCACGGUGGUCAAUUGUUCUUCGACCAGCAUCAGUAAUGCUACCUUUAAACAUAUAUCGCUUAAAGUGGAAAUCUUGGACUUAUCCCGUACAUCGUUGAAAUUCCUACCAGACGCGCUCAGCCAAUACACGGAUAUCGUUAAUUUGAAUUUAUCGCACAAUGAGCUCAGCUCGAUAUCACGCCAGACGUUCAUUCGUAUGUGGAAGCUUCGUACUUUAGAUUUAUCGGCGAACAAAAUUACCAGUCUAUCUAACAUCGAAGCCGGCACCAUUUUCGACGGUAAUACCAAACUGCAGUUCUUAAAUUUGGCUUCGAACCCGUUAAGCGACCUGGGCGACGGAUUCGAUCGUAUCCUUUACAGCGAAUCUUUAAUCUCGUUAGAUGUCAGUCAUUGCUUCAUAAGUCACCUGCAAGGUUCGUUUGUUUUGCAAUCUUUACCCAAGCUGGUUAAAUUGAAUUUAUCCGGGAAUCCUAUAGCUCGUCUGGAUGGUUUAUUAUCGGAAUCUUUGAGCUAUUUAGACGUAACCAAUUGUAAUUUACAAUUUUUACGAUUCGACAGUUUGAUCGGUGUGACUAGGCUGGAAGAAUUACGAUGCUCGAGUAAUACGCAUUUGAGUGACCAAUUAUUCAGGCCGAUUUCCAAGAGUAUCACCUCUUUGGAUGCUUCUUAUUGCGCUCUGAGCACGAAUUACGCUUCCGAGCUGGCCGAAGUUCGUAGACUGAAUUUAAAAGGUAACCAGAUCAAAGAAUUGGUCGCUUACGCGUUCCAAAACAAUACUAAACUGGAAAUACUCGACUUAUCGGAGAAUCUGAUAAGAACCGUGGACAGGCUGGCUUUUUACGGAGCUGAACUUUUACGCCAGAUUGAUCUAUCCGAUAAUGCUAUCGUCACACUGGACGAGAACACGUUCGCUAUUACGCCGCUCGUGGUGACCUUGAACUUAUCGCGAAACUCGCUGCACACCUUGAGCCAUUUUAAAUGCUCCGGUAUACAGGUAUUGGAUGCGAGCAGAUGUGAUGUGAGAAGCAUCGAUGCUCAAACUUUGAUCCAUAUGUCUUCUCUGCAAAGUCUAAACUUAUCGUAUAAUUUCUUGGAGGAUUUACCCGAUAAUCUUUCCUCGCUCAGUUUGCAGUCGUUGGAUUUGAGGUUUUGUCGUAUCUCGAGCGUAUCGUUGAAUUACUUCACCUUCCAUCAGCUACGUUCUCUCGCAGACUUGAACUUGGACGGGAAUCGUCUAGUUUCGCUGAAAUCGUCGACUUUCUCAGCUCUAACCAAACUGACCAGUUUAUCGUUACGGAACAACCUUUGGAAAUGCGACUGCAACGAGGAUAACUUCAAGAAACUGGCCAAGAACUUAGAAGCGAUACCUCAAGUAUCUCCUUUACUCUGUCUGUAUCCGGAAAACGUAACUGGACAGAGAUGGCAAGAUGCCUGCUCCAGUCACUGGAACGCUCCUCAUCGUCGUUCCAAGGAUAUCAUAAUACUCAGCGUGAUCGUCAUCGUGCUUCUGAUCUCGGGCAUGGUAGCCUGUUUCGUCGCCGUCAAAGAAGGUCUAAACGUGCGAGCCAAUCGCAGACGAGAACAAGAGCUGGAGAAUCGACACGAUUCGGACUCAGGUGCUCGUCGAGAAAGCUACGGUAAUGACGAGAUACGCGAAUCUGUUCGAAAAUUUACCCAAUUGCCUUCGUACGACGAAGCAUUGCUGUUACCAAAACCACCUUCUUCGUCUUCCUUCGAUACUUCGGUAGCCAAUGUGACACCUUUGAUGGACAGAAACGAGAAAAUCAAGAAAAGACAAAGCGCUACCCAAACCGAUGAAACGAUCGAAGCACUUUUACAAGAGAUCGAAGCCAACGAAGCUAACAAAGAAUCGCCAUCGAUGGUUCGUCGAUCAUCGUUACAGGAAAUAGAAUACAUUAAUAUCAGACCGCCUCGUUUAUCGUUGCAAUGUACAGAGCUGUAAAAAUAAGCAUUUUUCUUAUGUAUUUAAUUUUUUUCUACGUGCGUGUUCCUAGUUAAAGAAUGAAAAAAAAAAAGAAUUAUAUACCUUACUAUAGUG